CUUGAAAUAAAGUGGGAUAUUGCAGUUCUACAACAGUGAGCUUAACACAGUUUCCAGGACCUUUAGUAAUAUGAUAAAUGGCUCAUUUAAAUUGGGAGCUACUAAAAUACUUUCUGGUUGGCAAAUGCAGUGCCUAGCAGCAGCCGUUAAGAACGAACCAAACAUGAGUGGAGGAGGGGAACAGGUCGACAUUCUGCCGGCCAACUAUGUGGUCAAGGACCGCUGGAAAGUGUUAAAGAAAAUUGGUGGUGGGGGCUUUGGUGAGAUUUAUGAAGCAAUGGAUCUCCUGACCCGAGAGAAUGUGGCCCUGAAGGUGGAGUCAGCACAGCAGCCUAAACAGGUCCUCAAGAUGGAGGUGGCUGUCCUGAAAAAGCUGCAAGGGAAAGACCAUGUCUGUAGAUUUAUUGGCUGUGGAAGGAAUGAGAAAUUUAACUACGUGGUCAUGCAGCUUCAGGGCCGGAAUCUUGCAGACCUCAGAAGAAGUCAGCCCCGAGGGACUUUUACAUUGAGCACAACCCUUCGAUUAGGCAAGCAGAUUCUAGAAUCUAUAGAAGCCAUUCACUCAGUGGGAUUCCUACACCGGGACAUCAAGCCUUCCAAUUUUGCCAUGGGUCGCCUACCUUCAACCUACAGGAAAUGCUACAUGUUAGACUUUGGUCUGGCUCGGCAAUACACCAACACCACUGGGGAAGUCCGGCCCCCUCGCAAUGUUGCUGGUUUUCGGGGAACAGUCCGCUAUGCUUCAGUGAAUGCACACAAAAAUCGAGAGAUGGGUAGACAUGAUGACCUGUGGUCCCUCUUUUACAUGUUAGUGGAGUUUGCAGUUGGCCAACUUCCAUGGCGCAAGAUCAAAGAUAAGGAGCAAGUUGGCAUGAUAAAAGAGAAGUAUGAACAUAGAAUGCUGCUAAAACACAUGCCUUCUGAGUUUCACCUCUUUCUGGAUCAUAUUGCAAGCCUAGACUACUUCACCAAACCAGAUUAUCAGCUGAUCAUGUCUGUAUUUGAGAACAGCAUGAAGGAAAGAGGCAUCACUGAGAAUGAAGCCUUUGACUGGGAGAAAGCUGGUACGGACAUUUUAUUGUCAACAAGCACCUCUACUCCACCACAGCAGAACACCAGGCAGACAGCAGCCAUGUUUGGAGUUGUUAAUGUUACUCCAGUCCCUGGAGACUUGCUUCGAGAGAACACUGAGGAUGUCUUACAGGGUGAACACCUGAGUGACCAAGAGAAUGCUCCCCCCAUUCUGCCUGGCCGGCCAGCAGAAGGUCUGGGACAGGCUCCAAACAUCGCCUUCAAUGAGGCUGAAGUUUGGGAGGAGACAGAUGUGAACCGCAACAAACUCAGGAUCAGCAUCAGCAAAACUCACUGCAUGGUAGAUGAGGAACAGAGAAGUGGCGUUUGCCCCAGCUCCCCAAUCCGAGUUCCUCCAGAAUCCCCAACUGCUCAAGUACGCUCUUUGAGAUACUGUCGUGUGAACAGCCCUGAGUCAGAGCGUGUGUCCACAGCUGAUGGGAAAGCAGAUCUGCAUGAGAGAAGAUCUCGAGUGGAUUUACCUGGUUCUCCUUCACGACUAGUCUGUUCCUCCCAGCCAGCGCAGAUGCUAUCCAUUGACACUGGCCAAGCAGACCGGCAGGCAAGUGGUAGGAUGGAUGUUUCUGCGUCAGUAGAACAUGAAGCCCUCAGCAAUGCUUUCCGCUCAGUGCCCCUGGCAGAGGAGGAGGAUUUUGAUAGUAAAGAGUGGGUUAUCAUUGACAAGGAGACUGAGCUGAAGGACUUUCACCCAGGUGCUGAGCCCAGUACUUCGGGAACUACUGAUGAAGAACCUGAGGAGCUGAGACCCAUUGAAGAGGGUGAGGAGAGGAGGCGCUUGAGCACAGAAGCUGUGGUCAGGCCAAAGAUCCAUGAAGGGAAAACACGGAGUAUGCAGCCUGUGACUGAGGAGGACAGUUCACACAGGCACGAAGGACUCUCUCAAACAGUGUCUGACAGUAAACAUGAACAGCAGCCUGGAAGUCCUGCUCAGUCCCCACUACACAUAGCACCAGCUAUCCGACAGCGGAGGCGGGAAUCCGAGCCCACUGGUCCACAGAGACAGAUGUAUGCUCUGAAGCCUUUUGAAAUGAAUGGUCUGCCCAAGACGGUGCCUUUAAGUUUGCCUUAUGAAAACUUCAAAAAGGAUGUAUCAGACUAUAGGGAAAAGCCUAGGAUCCUCCAACGGAUAAAGAAAGUUGACUUCUCAACUGUUGUCUUGACUGCUCCUUACAAAGCCGAACCACAUCUAGAAAUUAAUGGAAGAUGUGAAGACGAAGAAGAAGGGGAAGAGGAGGAGGAUGAUGCUGGUUAUUUAGGAGAAGAGGUUGACAUGCACAGUGGCUCCAGCAGUGAUGUGAGUCAGAAGAGCACAGAACACAGUCAGGAAGGUGCUCCAUCUACCUUGUUGGCAGAUGACCAGAAGGAGUCCAAAGGUCGAGCUUCCACUGCAGAUGGUGAUUUGGAACUGGAGGAAGGCUCAAAAACACUUGUGUUGUUUUCACCUGGUGACUUGAAGAAAUCGCCUGUUACUGCAGACUUGGCUCCAGAAGUCGAUCUAGGGACUCUUGCUGCAUUAACACCUCAGAGCGAGCGGCCACAACCCAUGGGUAGUCAGCUGGAUGUAUCAGAGCCAGGGACUCUGUCCUCAGUCCUUAAAUCAGAACCAAAACCACCAGUUGCAGUGGCUACUACUUCCUCCCCAUUUACCAAAGUUGAGCGCACAUUUGUUCAUAUUGCUGAAAAGACCCACCUAAAUGUAAUGUCCAGUGGCCAGCUGGUGAGGCAUGAUGAUUACUGCCCUCCUAGCCAGUUUGAAGAGAUCAUCAUUGAGGAGGAGCUGGAAGAAAAUCCUGUAUUGGUAGAAAAUGGUACUUUGCAUUCUGGUUUACAAGGUGCAGAGACAGCUUUCUCAGCUAACCAUGUUGAAACAACCUCAGAGAUGGCAGGAGAACAACCAUCACUUCCUAAUGGUGUAGCCAAGCUUCAAGAGGAGUGUAUCGAGCUCAAAGAUAAAGUGGAACUUGCACAGGAUUUGGAAGAAACUGGUAAACUUAUUUCUGAAGAGACAGUCCUUGAAAAAACAAUUCCCGUAGCAGAGAACCUCCAUGAAGCACCAAAGCAAGGCCCCAGGAAGUUGCUGGGCUCCAGAUACAGAAGCCGGAUUCCCAUCUUGUUCUCAGAAGAGGACACUGGCUCAGAGCUUUCAGCCUCUCUCUCGGGCAAAGAAAGACUUCAUAAGAGGUCAAAACAUCCAGACUUAGCUCGCCUAGUGAUGGAGAAGAGGCAGAACCGUCUCCUCAGACUGGCUUCUGGGGCAUCCUCCUCAGCAUCCUCUAGUGAUGAGAGGCACAGGGCCUCAGAGACCCUGUCAGCCACUGGCUCUGAAGAAGACAUGCAUGACUCUGAUGACUCCAUCCCAAGAAAAGCAGAGGAGGAGAAAGUUCCCUUUCUGGGUAGGGAAGAAAAAACCUUAAGCACGAAGAGCAGAAUCCCUCGCCCCAUUGCACCCAUGAAGACACCACCAAUGACAAUAAAGUUUUGUAGCCCAUCAGCAGUUGCACCACUAAUACCAAGGAGCUCCCCACUAGAUACUGCUCUCACAAGCAGGCUUCAUGCACAGGGACCAACUGGGAGUGUGUUCACUGACACCCGAACAAAGCAGAUGCAAAACUGGCCUCCUUCCUCACCAAGUCCUGCUCCUCCUCCUCGGCGAAGCAGCCCCAGGACAGCCAUCUGUGGUCCCCCUAGGAGUCCUGUCCUUCCCCCCCAAAAUCUCAAUGCUUCCCCCAAAAGCCAGGUGUCCAGAAAGGAAAGUCCUUCACCAUCUCGGCAGCAUAGGUCAGGGACUGCCAUUCAGCGAGUUCAACCUCCUCCCAGGUCCCAACCCAGAGUCCAAACAGGGGGUUUGAAAGGAGAUGCUCCAACAUCCCAGGGCACAGCCAGAAAAGGACAAAGAGGGAAAACCCAGACUGAGAGUCCAACAACCAAAGGAAGGCAAAUGUCCAUGGAAGGCAAGGCUGCUACCAGAUAA